AUGGCUACCAACAAUACCAGCUCAUCCAAUGAUGAUGCUCAAAGCAGCCUUGAUGCUGUAUUGCAAGUUGUGCAACUGCUGUCAUCAUUGACACUGUCGCAUGAUGAUGCACAAUCACUUAUUGAAGUGAUCACUGACGAGAUACAGGCUGCUACACUUCCUGCUGUGCACCCAGCUCCUGCUCCCAUCGUCCCAGGUCAUCUUUUUUCUUUACUUUUUCAUUCCCUAUCACUCAAAUAUCAGCUCACUCCUGCUGCCAUUGUUCUGAUUGUGGUGGCUCCUGCAGUUCAGAUACAGGCCACUGUACCUCCUGCUGUGCAGCCAGCUCCUGCUACCAUUGUCCAAGCACCUCCUACACUUGAGAUACAGGCCACUGCACUUCCUGCUGUGCAGACUUAUCCUACCCCAAUGGCACGCUCUGGCUUCUACUGUUUUUUACAUCUCCCGCUGACUGAAGUCAUUAUUAAUGCAGCCGCUGGUCCAUUCUACCUCAUUACCCAUGGUUGCCGGGUAGUUGUCUUUGAGACAUGGUGCAUAUUUUCAUUGGUUCCAUGUUCUUACCCUGAUUUCCUUGCAGGUAAUGCACAUCCCCUUAUGUAA